AUCGCUGUGGUCUGGCAACGGUAGGGGCACGUAAAGCUUGUGGGAGUUUGUCCGCAAAUCUGUGCGAUCAAUCGUCCCGGGCCUACUCCGAACUGUAUGGAGAUAGGGGGUCAACAGUAACCGGUGGCGGUUUGGUUAUAUAAACCUGGUAUACCAAUCUGCAAGUAGUGAAAUAACUCCCAUCUCGAUGGCCUUGACUGCCGAGGAACACAGCGAAGCAGUUUUUCUAUUAGGUCCUUGGCUCAUUGGCUGCUACCUAGAGAUCUUCUUGCAAGGAAUUUUGUGUUGCCAGUUCUCGCAUUACUGGAGUUGGUAUCACGAUGACAAGCGGGCCUUGAAGUGGUCUGUCGUUGGUCUCAUGCUUUUGACAACGCUCAAGUCUAUACAAUCCUUCGCUCUCAUAUGGAUCCAAAGCAUUUUGUACGUUAACGAUCUUGCCGACGCCAUCAAUUUAAAUUAUACCGCAUGGUGGCAAUCGUACAACUCCCUCUUCGUCGCUACUAUCGGCAUAUAUGUGCAAGCCUACUUCUGUUACCGACUCUAUGUUAUAUCCAAAGGACCCUGGGUUGUUACACCAAUCGCAAUCCUGUGCGUGUAUGCUUAUGUCUCCAUGAUUGUGGCAUGCUACUACAUUACCAAGAUCGAUGAGGCAGCAAUCGGGAAAUGGUUCGCAUCCCAUCUUGGAUCUGUCUUUGCCGCCGAUUUCACAAUGACAUUCGCCACGGCGUACUUCCUGAUCCGCUCAAAGAAAAACGUUCUUCCUCAAACUGUUGGUUUGAUUACCGCCCUCGUGCGCUUGACAUUUCAGACUGCGGCUCCGGCUUCGAUUUGUGCCAUGCUCAAUCUCAUUUUUUCCCAAAUAUACUCGGGCCAGGAUAAACUCGUAUCCACUGCCUUCAAUCAGAUCCUUCCGAAAUUGUAUGCGAUUUCCAUGAUGUGGACAUUGAAUGCUCGUCGGAAUAUCCGCGCGGCAUCGAGCAGGGGGACCAGCAGCCACGAACUGUCGUCUUAUAACCGAUCGCGCCGUCGGACUGACAUGGAUUUGGGCGGGUUCAGCGGAGCCGGGAUUCAAGUAAGGACAGUACAAGAGACUAUUAAGCACAUUGAUCUGGAGGAUAGCGGCCGGAUGAAGGAUGCUUCUGAUCUAAGGACAAAUAGAGUAACCGGUAGCGACGAUUACUCCGAUUCCUACGACAAAGUCUGAUGUCGUGUAACUUUCCUUUCGUCUCCUUCUGUGACACCUCAUGUGUCGUUUUUCUUGAUGAUUUAUUGGUUGUUUAUAGAGGGACUACCAGUACCCUAUACAAUAGAUGUACAAAUUACGGAAAACGUGAA